AUGACUUCACGAACCACAUCCUUCUCCCACAGCCCGCACCGGCUCCCGCGCCCUUCCAUCACAUCGAGGCUCUCGUUUGCCGUGUCGAACGCGGAGCAGAGCGACGAUGACGAAGAGCAGAACGAGGCAGGCGAGGCCGCCCCCGGCCCGCGGCAGCAGCAGCAGCAGAUCGAGGAGGAGAUCGCCGAGAUCAAGCGCUACGAGGACUUCACCACCAUAGAUUGGGUCCAGGACGCCGCCCGAGAGCAGGCGAGGAGGAAACUGCGACGUCGGCGGCGCGCCGGCAUGCUCGACACCGGCCAGGCUGGGUGGAGGUACCGGCUGCGCGAGAGCUACGACGCUGCGCAGGGCUGGCUCGUGGUUACUCUGAUAGGCAUCACGAUCGGCCUCAACGCUGCCUUCCUCAACAUCAUCACCGAGUGGCUCUCCGAUAUCAAGAUGGGCUACUGCACGACGGCCUUCUACCUGAACGAGAACUUCUGCUGCUGGGGCGAGGACAACGGUUGCGCUGAGUGGCACAAGUGGACGGGCUUCGGCCCUGUCAACUACCUUCUUUACAUCAUCUUCGGCACGGUUUUUGCGUUCACGUCGGCGACACUCGUCAAGUCAUUUGCUCCGUAUGCGGCAGGAUCGGGUAUAUCGGAGAUCAAGUGCAUCAUCGCAGGCUUCGUCAUGAAGGGGUUCUUGGGGUUCUGGACCCUCCUGAUCAAGUCUGUCUGUCUGCCCCUGGCCAUUGCGUCUGGGCUGUCAGUUGGAAAGGAAGGGCCCAGCGUGCACUACGCCGUGUGCACCGGAAACGUCAUCUCGCGGUUGUUUGACAAAUACCGCCGCAACGCCGCCAAGACCCGGGAGAUCCUGAGUGCUUGCGCCGCGGCGGGUGUCGCCGUCGCAUUCGGCAGUCCCAUUGGUGGAGUGCUCUUCUCUCUGGAGGAGAUGUCGAGCUACUUUCCAUUGAAGACGCUCUGGCGCAGUUACUUUUGUGCCUUGGUAGCGACAGCUGUCCUUGCGGCCAUGAACCCUUUUAGGACGGGACAGCUUGUCAUGUUCCAGGUUCACUAUGACCGCUCUUGGCACUUCUUCGAGGUGGUGUUCUACAUCAUUUUGGGAAUAUUUGGUGGUCUCUACGGCGCUUUUGUCAUCAAGUGGAAUCUGCGGGCUCAGGCUUUCAGAAAGAAGUACCUCACCAAAUACGCCAUCGCCGAGGCGACGAUUCUGGCUGCCGCGACGGCAAUUAUUUGCUACCCCAAUGUGUUUCUCAGGAUCGACAUGACGGAAAGCAUGGAGAUCUUGUUCCUAGAGUGCGAAGGCGGCGAAGACUACCACGGCUUAUGCGAGCCGGACAAGAAGCUUUCCAACAUCCUGUCGCUGGCUCUGGCAACGAUUCUGAGGGUUCUCCUCGUCAUCAUCUCAUAUGGCUGCAAAGUGCCUGCUGGAAUUUUCGUUCCGUCAAUGGCCGUCGGCGCUUCAUUUGGACGAACAGUGGGCAUUAUUGUCCAGGCGAUCCACGAAGCGAACCCCACGAGCGCCUUCUUCGCAGCUUGCAAGCCAGACGAGCCUUGCAUUACCCCUGGCACGUACGCUUUCCUCGGCGCAGCUGCAGCGCUCAGUGGCAUCAUGCACAUAUAUGUGUCCGUCGUGGUCAUCAUGUUCGAGCUCACAGGAGCCCUGACCUACAUUCUCCCGACCAUGAUCGUUGUCGGCGUGACAAAGAUCGUCAGCGAGCUCUUCGGCAAAGGCGGCAUCGCCGACAGGAUGAUCUGGUUCAGUGGUUUCCCCUUUUUAGACAACAAGGAAGAACACAACUUUGGCGUCCCCGUAUCAGAGGUCAUGCGCACCGAAGUCACGUCUCUACCGGUCAAUGGCAUGUCCUUCGCACAGCUUGAACGUCUGCUGAAAGACGACAAAUAUCAAGGCUUCCCCAUCGUCGAGGACGAAACCUCCAAGAUUCUGGUCGGCUACAUUGGCCGCACCGAGCUGCGCUACGCCAUCGAUCGUAUCAGACGUGAGAGAUCCAUCAGCCAAGACGCAAUGUGCAGCUUUUCGCCCCCUCCAGCGUCAAUGACCCCGGUAACACCAACCGUCGCCGUCUUCCCCAGCUACAUGUCCACCUCGUCCGUCGACUUCAGCCGCUACAUCGACACCACGCCCGUCACGGCGCACCCCCGCCUCCCUCUCGAGACGGUGAUGGAGCUCUUCCGCAAGAUCGGCCCGCGCGUCGUGCUCAUCGAGUACCACGGCCGCCUGUCGGGCCUUGUGACGGUCAAGGACUGCCUCAAGUACCAGUUCACGGCCGAGCAUGCCGAGAACCCGCGUGACGACUCGGCGCUCGCCGAGAGCCAUGAGAAGCUGUGGAGCGCGAUGCGCCGCGCUGCCGGAUGGGUGUCGGAUAAGGUGGCGCUGGCCUCGGGAGGCAGGGUGAGGUUGUCGUCGUUUGACGAGCGGAGGUCACCAGGGGCCCGGCCGCUCGGAGCGCAGAUUCUCGACGGGGACGAAGACGAUGCUGAUGACGGCGCGUUGGAGCUUGAGAACCGGUGA